AUGGAGGCCUAUAAUAUCAGCGUUGUGACUCAAUUUACCCUGAUUGGACUCUCGGAUCUCCCUGGAGUCCGCUACCCUCUCUUUGUCAUCUUUGCUAUUAUCUAUCAGGUCACUUUGCUGGGCAACGGAGCCAUUCUCUUGGCCAUUGGGGCUGAGAGAAAGUUGCACACACCCAUGUACUUCUUUCUGGCCAAUCUGUCCCUCUUGGACAUUUCCUGCCCUUCUGCCACUGUCCCUAAGAUGCUGGACAACCUUCUAACCGAGCAGCACAGCAUCUCCUUCCUGGGCUGUGCUGUGCAGCUUUAUUUCCUGGUGGCUCUGGCAGGGACAGAAGUGUUCCUUCUUGCUGUCAUGGCGUACGACCGGUAUGUGGCCAUCUGCUUCCCCCUUCGCUAUAGCCUCAUCAUGACUAAGGCUCGUUGUAUGCAGCUGACAGCUGCCACUUGGGCAGCAGGGUUUCUCAACUCCCUCUUGCACACGGUGUUUACCUUCCGCCUGUCUUUCUGCAAGUCCACCCAGGUCAACCAGUAUUACUGUGACAUUCCCCCGGUGGUGGCCCUGGCAUGCUCAUCCACCUAUGUGGCUGAAAUGCUGGUUCUGGUGGUUGGAGGUAUCUUAGGGAUUGGGGCCUACCUGAUCACCUUUGUGUCCUACAUCUAUAUCAUCUCCACCAUCUUGAAGAUCCAGUCAGUGGAAGGGAAGCGCAAAGCCUUCUCUACCUGCGCUUCCCACCUCCUGGUGGUCUGUCUCUUCUAUGGAGCUGCCAUCUUUACUUAUAUUCGUCCCAACUCCAGUCAGAAUUCUCCAGCCAGGGACAGACUCAUCUCCAUGCUGUACGGUGUCAUCACCCCUAUGUUGAACCCCAUGAUCUACAGCCUGAGGAACACGGAGGUAAAGAAUGCACUCAGGAAGGUUUUAUGUGGAAAGUCAUCAUGA